GUUGAAAAAGAAGCAAGUUGAAGAAGAGAAGGCAAAAAAGAAGAUGGGAGCUGAAGAAGAUACUAGCGGAGCAGCGGGAAUAAUUCAAAGAGUGUAUGGAGGAACUCGUCAACAGGAAGAUAAAGGCGGUCGAGAUCAGCAAGAAGAAGAAGAAGGGUAAAGGACCAACAAGAGAUCCCUCAGUUUCGAAGGAUGAGGAGGAAACGAAGGAAGAAACUUCGCUAAACGAUAAACGAAAAAGAAGAGACUCUACAGGGGCGGUUCAGAAUAGCCCACCAAUGGAGACACCGAAGAAGACCGGACGAGUCGAAGAGAGCGCGUCCCCAACAAGCUUCGGACCAAAGAAAGGAAGGGGAAGACCCACCAAGGCGGAUGCUCAGGUGGCGAGGAUGGACCGAGGGGAAGACCCGUGGGAAGGUGUACCAAUGGGCGCAAAGUUCGCUAUAGAAGCCGCCUACAGGAACGCAGUGAGAAAGACACUGGCGUCCUUCUACCCGGAUACCUUGAAGGCCAUGUGUCGAGGAGCGACGGUGCCUUUCUAUGGCAUAAACGGCGCUGUUGACAUUCUGGCAGAACUGAGAGUCACAUACUGCUAUAGAGGUAAGAAGCAAUCAAGGUCAACUUCGAAGACGACUAACAAAGACGAUCGGAUGAGGGGAGAGUUGCAGGACCCUCAGGAGGAGAAGACAGAGGAUAGCACCAGCCGUGAGUGUGUCAAGAAGAGUAAUCAUGGCGCGGUUCUCUGGGCGAGAGAUGGAGUUGGUGGGGGAGCGACAACAUGGAGCGGAGAAAUGGUUUAUCGCCUUGGACGAGGGAUGUUUGCAGCUGCAGUCGAUUGUGAGGGUGUUGUCAUCACGAUGGCAGGAAAGGCCAAAGGUCAAAGGGGGUUAACCUCUCUGUCUCAGUGGUCGGAAGACAGGAUACAGGACAUGUUGGAGAUCAUGUGGGAGCUGGAGGAGGGGCCGGAUCCCCGGCUCGAAGACUGCAUCGAUUGGAGAAAGGCGGAUGUUAAGAUGGGAGCCUGCAAAGCACUUUUUACAAAGGGUCGCAACCUGCGCAACCUGCUGGAGGAUCGACAUGACAUGGGUGAGAUGAGAGAGAAGGUUGCAGAUUGCAAGUUGAUCACGACGACGGGUGAGAACGAAACGGGAGAGGAGCAGAUAGCGACGAAGUCAGUGACARGGUUGUCCGCCGGCGAUCACRARCGAUUCACCAUGUCGGGAAGAGGGAAGGGUGGAAAGGGACUGGGAAAGGGAGGCGCCAAGCGCCAUCGCAAGGUUCUUCGUGACAACAUCCAGGGRAUCACGAAGCCUGCCAUCAGAAGGUUGGCAAGGCGAGGCGGUGUGAAGCGCAUCAGCGGUCUGAUCUACGAAGAGACGCGUGGCGUYCUCAAGGUMUUCCUCGAGAAUGUUAUCCGUGAUGCUGUGACUUACGCCGAGCACGCUCGUCGCAARACGGUGACGGCCAUGGAUGUKGUCUACUCUCUCAAGAGGCAAGGCCGCACCCUGUACGGGUUCGGCGGCUGAACCGGCGGCGCUGUGUUGCGUCCUGCCGGAUCUGCGCCAUCUGCGCUUUCARCGGUGUUUUCUAACACCACCGUUCCUCUGACAUUUCCGUCUCUCUGAGUGUACGGAAUGCCUUUUCCGCUUUAUUCCCGUAUCUGCACUGUUAUCUCUUCUUUCCCUACCUACGACUUUUCUACAUCCUCUUCAGCACAGCUGUUUAGGGCCGUUGUUGUCUCACCUGAACUCCGACCUCCUCGCCGUUCUGUAGGUCGGGGCAUCUCUGCUUUCUCUUCCGUUGGGUCUCCCUCCUUGUAGUCCCCCUGGUUCACCGCCUUCUCUCUCUUCCCAUGUUCACCGCCCUCUUCCUGGACCCUUAGGCUUGGUUGCUCUCCGUUCUCCUGUUGUUGUUCUCUCGUUGUGUCCCUGGCUCCACUGCUGUCUCCCUCUCUCUGAGUUAGCCGCCGUCUCCAUGGAGUCUUAAGCUUGGCUGCCCUCUUGCCGCCUUUGUCCUCUCUGUCGUCGAAUCGGGGCAUUAUCACUUGCAUGKCUCUGUCCUCUCUGACGCGACGUGCGUGCAUUUUCGGUCCUGCGCUUUUUUGUCGGGGGUUUGUUGUUAGCAGCUUGAUGUCUGUGUAUAUCUCUCUUUUCCAGCAUCGCAUUUUUUUACUGUUGCUUACGCUCUCCGUCCAGUUAACGGUAGCCGUGGAACGUGGUAUGUGUUUGGGGUAUCGCUUGUCUUCGGCUGGAGGGAAACGAGGAAGCGAACGACAAGUGAUAUCUAAUUGUGAUGGCGAUUGACGUGGUUUUUGCUAUUCAGUGAUUUGACAUUGGUGCAGAUUUACAUUGGUGCAGAUGUGGAAGGCAUAGCUGUCGAUGAAGGUUGAAAUGGAAGCAAGCAGUUCCCGUUAGCGAUGUGACUCGACUGCUUGACUUACGCAAGUGUGUGGAGAGUGGAGAGGGAGGGCUCAGAAGGUUAUGGUUGUGGUGCAGGUAAGUAACAGGAUGUUAUGAGAUGUUUGUAAAUUCGGAGAAUUCGAGUGUUUUUCUGUUGUCGAGGAUACGAGGAAACGAAUAUUGUCGACGUAAAGUUCGAAUUGUAGACGCCUGGUAGGGGUAUGGAGGACGCGGAGUGUGUCGGUCAGCUUCGAUGUUCAAUUGUGAUGAUGGGUGUCGUGGCGUGUGCUUAAUUGUCUUGGGCAUGGUCACAUCACGCGUCCAUACUCGAAUACAACGCCCUGUCGAAAUUAUUCGUAUCGUUUGUCUUCUCCCUCUGAGCCUGCGGUUUACCGGCCAGUUCUGUUCGACAACAUAUAUAUCAAAUAUAUAGACAUAAUCUAUAUUCGUAGUAUAAUAUUUACGUAGAAAAUGGAUAUCUAGGUUUAAGAUAUCGAACAUGGAUAUCUAUGUUGAUACAUUAUUUGUGUAUAAAAUUGAUAUAAUCGGAAAUAGAUAUCUAUAUAUUCACGUAAUAUUCAGCCUUCAUAUAACAGGUUACCUAUUGCAGAAGCAUGAAUAUUUAGGGUUCCUUCGGUGUGUUCCAUAACCUAGGGAUUUGUCUUGCUGUGGCGGCUGUGUAGUGUUUAGGGUACAGUCAGACCAGUUUGCUAUACUCAAACACGCGCGGUCCUUGCAUGUGUUUAGAGGGAUUUGUCUUGCUCGAGGAGCGGGGAGAAGUUACCUAGUGGAGAAGCAUGAAUGUUUAGGUGUCGCGCGGUGUGUUUACUAACGAGGGGAGUGUAGUGGUUGCCUGCCUGUGUGACGGUUAGGGUUUAGUCAGACCAUCCUAUCCUCGAAUACGUCCGGUCGCUUUGAGGAUUAUUUAUCGUAUAUCCUGGUGAUACGUGGCCAGGUGGAGCCCGUAAGAUAUCCGGUUCGUUUCGUGGCUGCAAUGGUAGCGGGGAGAAGAUGAGGACAGUGAGGUGUUCAUGUACACGUUUCGUUUACUGGGCAGUCAUGUAGCCGUUUCAUUUCCGGAACAUAACGCCCGGUCUAUAUGCAUACACGUACAUUCAUAUGAUAUAUAUGUAUUUCUAUAUUAUAUAUUGUACUUUUGUAUGUGUUUGCCCUGGAAGUGAAUAUCUAUGUUCAUCAUGAACAUGUACAUCUCAGAAUGUUGGUUCGAGGGCGGAAAUGUGGUCAGAUUUUUGAGAAGUCGUAGCGUGUCGUCUGUCAUUUUUGUAUGUAGGCGCUCAUUUCACGUUUGGAAGCAAAGGUGAAGGCAAGUCGCGACGAAGUGUCGGGAAAUGAGAAGCCAAAUAACGAGGAAGUGAGGGAAAUGAGAAGCCAAAUAACGAGGAAGUGAGGGAAAUGAGAAGCCAAAUAACGAUGAAGUAAUUGGAUAUAGUAUUCGGUAUGAAGAGGAAACGUUAGGAGGGAAAAUGAGCUCGUGCGUGUGCGGAGAGAGUAGUACAGACGGGAAUGUGGGAUGAGACCAGUGGUCAUUGGUGAUUUAGUCAGAGGAUUCUGUGCGUGGUUUAGCAACUUUAGUCUAUGUCUGCGUGUCGCACACACGCAAACACGCUCGGGGAGAGAGAGAGAGAGAGAGAGAGAGAGAGAGAGAGAGAGAGAGAGAGAGAGAGAGAGCUUACGAUGACAAUUUGGGGAGAAUAGUAUGCGGUGUGGUAGUCUGAAGAUUCAGCAGAUUUUUUAAAUCGAUACCAUAGGCUUGAUCAUUUUGUUGUAAAUGAACGGACGUUCGUGGGUUUUGUCAGAUUCUUGCCUUCCCUGGUCCAUUUACUGUGGAAUAUCAGAGUAAUUGUCUUUCAAUCAGUGUCUCGUAGUGAUAAGUCGUGGGUCUAAUGGUGAUUUGAGCCUCUUGAAGUGUGAUAUCGAGCAAGGUCAUUGAGAGUUCGAGGCUGAGUAUGUCAUCAUAUCUCGAAGGCAUCGUUUAGCUGGUGGUGUGUUUGUGUCCGUGUCUUCUGACAUACUCACACUCAAUCUCCGUAUUUCGCCGCCGUUAAGCUGUACUCUGUCCGAUUAAGUUCAGGAAGUCCUAGUUGGUGCGACGAGUAUUCCCUGUUGCCGCCUUGCUGAAGAAAAGUAAUCGAACGGCGGAGGACAAGGAAUUUGUUACACCCUUGAAUUGUUGGAAUGCAGACCUGAGUUCGAAUUCCGUUGGAAGUAGAGGAAAUUACUAUGAUUCUGAAUUACCUAGGGACGGUCAGUUCGAUGACCGGAAUGGAAGUAAAAACAGACCGUAGAUGUGGAGCAAUUCUAGAUAAGGAUACUCGAGGACGGUAGUUCGAUGACGUGUCGAGCUCGAGGUGGUAUACGAAAGGGUGGGGGGUAGAGGUUGUGGAAUUGUUAUGUUGACUGUAUCAAGCUUCUGAGCAGUGUUCGAAAGGCACAAAGAGAAGGAAUGCGGUCAUGUGGGAGUACCAACCAUCAUUGUGAGCUCGAAUUCUUGAAGACUGGACUUAACAAAUUCAAGCUGGAGAAAUGGUUUACUUUUUCUCUUCCCCUUUUCCGCAUACUCUCAUCAUUAGGUGGCACUCCUCGGGAAUUAUCUAGCGCCUCGAUCUGCUUGAGUAUAUGAAUUCACCCUUGUCUUAUCGGCAGAAAGAACUAAUAGGACGAAGAAGGGAAGAGGAUAUUGAGGUUAGCCCCUUAUGUUACAAAAAAAAAGAAAUGGUUGUCGUUCUCGAUAAGUACUCGAUCAUGAUAAUGACACGUUUGGCACGGGAUCGUACUUUUCCGGACUUCUCUUUUCGUGAGGUGGUACUUCUUGGGACAGAUCUGGCGGUUGGAUCGACUUGGAUGUACCAAUCCAGUCGGAAGUGCAGAGUUCCGACAAAUGGGACUCAGGUUAAGUUCUGGGGUUUUGUAGUAACUGUGUGUGAGAGAGAGAGAGAGAGAGAGAGAGAGAGAGAGAGGUAACGAGUCCUCAACUCGGACAACGUAUCGUCUUAUAUGUGUUUCGUCGUGGUUAAGGAUACUAGACUCAGGCACAGAGGUUAAGCUCUAUGACGACUGACAGGGGGUGUGUCAGGUCAUUAACGACAUUUAAAUGCCCUCUCAUGCGCCUCCCCCUCUUCUCUCUCCCUCUUCCUCUGUGUGUUCGGUUGCUAGGAUGUGGAGUUGUAUCACGAACCGAAGAGAUUGUGGAUGAUAACAGACAGGCUUGUCAGGUGUCAAUAAGGAGUGCCCUGUUCUUGUGAAAAGCGAAAUAGUUACAAUAAUUUGUGUGCUAUCUUCCCUCUCUCUUUUUUACUUGAUUCUGUCAUUGUCAACACUACCGUACCGAAAGAGCCCAGGACAGGCCAACGAGUGAACAGUGAGCGAAUGUGACCUGGAGAUAAAUUCGCGAAGAAACC